AACUGGGCAUACACGGAUUGGCGCGCUUUUGGCAGUUGGCAGUUUAUCGCGAUAUUUCGUCGAGUGUGGGUGGUAUUUGUGCGUUCUCCUGGCUGUGCAAUUGUCAGUGGAGAAAAGAGAUAGUGAGAGUGGGCAGAAAGCGUCGCCCGGAGCUGAAGUGGGGCUCACAAGAGAGUAGUUUGGGGAAUUAGUGCAAUCGUCUUCUCCUCUCGCCCUGAAAAUUGGUGGCGCAUUGUGAGGCAUUUUCCGCGUUGGAGACUCGGAAUAAUAGGCCGUGUUUAUUAUUAGCUGCAUUUAUUUAUUUUGAUGUUUUUCAUCGUCUUUUUUUGCAAAGUGCACUGAAAAUUCUUGUAGAUGUGAUCUUCUGAGGAAUCUGGGGAUAUUUUGAGGAGGUUGAAUUGGGGAAAGGAAGAAAAAACAGAAAAAAAAUCCGUAAUGAUUUGAGAUGUGAGGAUUCUGGGAAGGGGCAGUGUGAAAAUGUGUGGAGGUGUCCAGUGUGAAAAUUAAGAAACAAAAAAAGUGAACAACUUUAUCAAGUUUCCUGCCAAGGAGGACAGAAAAAAGCAGAACAGAGGAGAUUGAUAUCAGAGAAAAGUCAGGAGCGUCGUGUGGCUGUUUUUGGUGGUGAAAUGGUAUUCAAAGGUAGCAGAUAACAUCGUACGAAUUGCACGGAAAUGGGCUAUUCUGCAUAGACAAAGAGGGUUUUGGGAAAAGGGUGUAAACCUGAAACCCCUUGUGACUAGUUUACGGAAACAAUCGCCCUGGAGACUGACCUGCCCGUAAUAGUUCCACCUCUCUCUACUCCACCAUAUCAGCGACUCACUCAGGCACUCCAGAAUGAACCGAGAUUCGCAGAAGAGGUGGCACUGGGGAGAAGGAUUGGAAUGUACAAAUUCUGCAAAGACAUUGGAAGAGGCAAUUUUUCUAAAGUCAAACUAGCUGUUCACCAAUUAACAAGAGAUAGUGUAGCCAUAAAAGUGGUGGACAGGAGUCGAUUGGAUGCUAGGGCACUUCGAAUGCUCUCUCGUGAAGUUACAACUCUAGAAUGUGUUCACCAUCCAAAUAUUUUAAGACUUUUCGAAGUGGUGGAGACACUAAAUCGUGUUCACCUGGUGACAGAAUUCAUAUCGGGUGGCGAAUUGUAUCACCGCCUAAUCAACGAGGGGCCAAUUCCUGAACAACAAGCAAGUAAAUUAUUCAGACAACUUCUAUCCGCUGUGCGACAUAUGCACAAUUUGGGAUUUGUCCACAGGGACAUCAAGGCGGAAAAUGUGCUUCUAGUCAAUGAGGAUAAAAUCAAACUGGCGGAUUUUGGGUUUAGCACACAAUUAUCAAAUGAACCAUGUCGCACUUUUUGCGGAAGUCCUCCAUAUGCUGCUCCCGAAUUGUUUAGUGAUGAUGACUAUGUGGGGAAGCCAGUUGAUGUUUGGGCAUUGGGGGUGUUGCUAUACUUCAUGAUAAUUGGAAAUAUGCCCUUCAGGGCACCUACAGUUCCUGCCCUCAGAGCUGCUGUUCUCAAGGGAGACUACCUCCUUCCGGGUCACUUAACUCUUCCAUUAAUUCGAUUAAUCCAGCGAAUUUUAGUUCAUGUGCCAUCAAGGCGUCCCACAAUCGAACAAAUGAUUCAGUGCCAGUGGUUGAAUAACCCGCCGAAACCACCGAGUGAGAUUAACCGGAAAAAGUCAGGUUUCUGGCGUAUUAAAGCCCGAAACAUCCGAUCAUCUCGCUCAACGAAGGAUCUCAGUCAACUUGACUCUCGCAGUAUGGUCCCAAUUGCUUGUAACACUCGUCGGGGAAAUAGUGUUCUUGAGGAAAAUUUCCUUUUUCCCCUGGAUGUUAUCUCGCGUGAUGAGCUAGAUAACGAUCAAGUGAAUUCUGUUCAGCAGCGUAGAUCUUUCUUUGGAGCCAAUUCCAAGAAGAAGAUAGGCCCUAUGGAGACAGAACGUAGAGAAUCGGGAAAGAUGUUCAAGAGGAGCAGCUGCGUGGAAAUUAUGAGCGCCAAUGAGGUGCUAAAUGAUAAAAAGCACAUUGUAAUUGAGUCAAAAUCAGCGGUGGAUAUUCAGACCAGUAGCACACAGGAUGAUGAAGUGCGGGAUUUCUUCAUGAGACCCACCUUCACUUACGAUCUCAACCACCUCCAUCCGCUGGAAAUCGAAACUAGGCGCAUUCUCGAGAAAUUGGGCAUCACUGGAGAGAUGCUCUGUCAUUCCAUAUCAAGUGGACCAAGGAGCGAUGUUAUAGGUGCUUACCGAAUAGUUAUAAAUCGUCUGCAAAAGCAAAUUCUGAUGGCCAAAUUGAAGGAAACCCUUGCCAAAGAGGAAGCAAAUGCCACCAAAUCCAAAGGAAACACCACCUCAUGUGUCAUUUUGUAGGAUGAUAAAAAUAUGGAAACAUCACAAUAUAUUAUCUCUUUUGGGAUAUGGAACUUUUGUGCCCAACAUUUCAUUUUUAGCCACAUUUCAUCGUUACAUUUUGUCUUUUAUUCGUUUUUGAUCUUUUGGUAUUUUAAAUUUACAAUUCGACCUUUGAACAUUUUGUUUCUCGAAAUUGUGUACAAAUAUCAGAAAAUAGUAUACUCAAGGACAUAUUUUUUAGACAAAAUUAACUCUUAAGGCGAUACGCGUUCCUAAAGCUGUAUUAGAGAUGAAAUAUCUUUUCCUUCUGUUAUAAUUCCCCCACGUGUGUCUCGGCUAAAAUACAAAAUCCUCAAUCCAAGUAAAAAAUACUUUCUUCCCAGGUUAAAAUAAUGUUCAUUGGCCAUUUUUUAAAGUUGACAUAUCAAAACUGUAUUUUACGACAAUGAUACAGAGAAUUGGAAUUUUAAAUGUACAUAUUUUAGCCCGUUGAUCCCCAAUUUAUUUCGAAAACGUAAAGUUUCGAGGCCAAUGAGAACUUCGUCAACAACAAUUUAAAAUAUAUCUAGUGAAAAAAAAUUGAAAAUGGCGAGAUAAAGGACUCUCCAUUCUUUGUAUUAACUCCAUUGGAUGAUUUUAAACUAAAAUUGUUACUUAUUUGCAAAAGCAUGUUAGUUGUUUUUAACCUUUUUACUUUAUUUAUCGUACUUAUUAUGAUUGAUUGUUUUUCAAAAGCACAAAAUUUCCAAAAAAGUUCAAAUAAUACAGUUUUUCAGGGAAAGUUUUUACGAUAAAAGAUAAAACUCGAUCCUGAAAUAUUAUCUUAUUACUAACUGUUAUAAAGGUUAUAAUCCCCCUAAAGGCGUCUUCUAUACGGGGGGAUUUCGAAAUGCACCCCACUCUGCUAUGCACCGGUGAGUCUCGGGAAAUCUCCCCUAGUGGUUCAUGUCUGAGAUAAAUUUUCUCCACCCUCUGUUAUAAAUUCUCCAUGUGUGCUCUAACUAAAAUAGAUAGUCUGGAAGACUUUCUAUUUAAUUUCGAAACGUUUCAAACGUCAAUCACACAGUGUUUUACAAUCAAAGAAUUUGUUAAAGAGUGGUAAAGUUAAUAUUUAUGCCUGGUGACGAACAUUUCAUAAGGAAAAGGAGAUGAGGCACCCAUCCUCUAUAUCAAAACAGUCUUACCGCAGGAUUUAAACGAUACAUUCAGAAGAGAGAUUGAUACUGUCUCUAUAUUUCACCUGCUUUUCGACUUUUGAUAAUUUGAAAAUAGAUCACGAGAAAAUAUCUCUUGAAAAACAAAAAAAAAUUAAAAUCGCUUAAAAUGUCAAAAUAUUUGAAGAACAUAAACAAAUGGUGCUUUCGAAGAAGGACAUUUUAAGCGCCAAAAGAUAGGCAAAAAUGCACCAGUCUAAAGCUCAGUGGGGGAUUUUUGUGUCAAAAUGGCGGUUUCGAAAUAAAAUCCUCCCGUUUAGAUGCUCCCAAUGGAGGACUUUUAGUUCGAAAUGAAGGUUUCAAAUCAAAAUUUUUCAGUUUCGAAAGCUUGAAACUUCGAAAUGCUCGAAAUUUUCAAGUUAGAACACUCAAAAAUAUCCUCUUAAGAUAAAAUGACACCCACGACCACGACACCCUUUAAUCAACAAAUCGAUAAAAUUUCCGGUUAAAGUAUUCCUUGUAUCAUUUGCACUUUAGUUUAUUACAGUUUACUGGGUAUUUAAUCCGAUUCCUUCAGAUUUUCGAAUAUUUUUCGAACAUUGUGACUUUUCAGAUGAGUUUGAAUUCGCCAAAAGGUAGGUAAAAUCGAUUUGGGGUAAAGCUCUGUGGGAGAUUUUUCUAUUGAAAAGGGGAUUUCAAACCAAAAUACCCUCGUUUAAAUAGGCCUUCAAGGUAUCAAAUUUUAAACAAAUCUUUUUGAAUGCUUUUGCAAGCCAGGAUGCGUAAGACGUCAGUGUUAAUUAUGUCUUAAAAUAUAAUAUGUCCUUUUCUUCCUAUAUUAAUCGAAAAUUAAUUAUGCCAAAGACAAUGUGGUGAAAAUUCAAUGCUGAAGAUGAAAUUUUGGUAACAAAAAUUCUGCUAACCAUCUCUUUUUACCUCCAUUAGAUUAUAUAUCAAUUAUAUUUUUAUCUGAAGCCAGUAAGAGGAACGUAAUGUGAAAUUACAUUUAUGUUGGGUAAAAAAAAAGGCCUGAGAAAUGGUAAAUGAGAGUGAAGAUGGAAGAGCUUGAAGGUAUGAUUUAUGUGUUGUUAGAGGAUGAUGUGAAGCAUAAAAAAAAGACAGUAUAAUAGUAUAAAAUUUGCUAAUAGAUUUUGAAAUAAUGUGAUCACUAUUGUGAUUUAAUAUCGUUGCACACAAAGUAAACCUCUUGGCCAAUGAAAUAAAGAAGCAGUUGAGCUGCUGAAAAGAAGAGGAUCAACGAUAUUUAAAUGUUUAAAAUUGAUAAGUUUUAUUAGAUGUUCUGUAUACUUCAACUUUAAAGUAUUCAGAGUGCACGUGGGUUCCUAAACUUAAGUCAAGAAUUAGAGAAUAAUAAUUAUAAAGUCAAUACCAAUGCUAAAAAGAAAAUAAUAAAUCCUCCCUUUUAUUUAAAAAGAAAAAAUAUAAGAAAAUUCCACUUAGAGUGAUGCUUUAUCGUAGAAAUGAAGGAAAGUCUUCGUUGCAUUUAACAACAAAAAAAACCUUUCACACUGUUCAAUGAAUGCACAAUGAAUUUUUGCGUAAAGAAAAUCUAAAGAAUAAUAAAGAAUAUCUUGCUAAAAAAAAAAGAAGCAAGAAUUAUAUCUUACCAUUAAAGGCCAAUAGUGAACGUAUUCACACCAAAAGACACCAAAUAAAUAUAUAUAACAAUCUUAUAAAAGAAAUAAAACCUUUUUCAUAUAUAAAAGAAGAGAUUUUAAGAUACAACAAAUAUUCGCAUGUACUUUCUCAUACUCUGAAAGAUAUUGAUGCAUUUUUAUUAUGUUGAAAGCGAAAUCAAAUACCAUUGAUAGUUGAAUUAGUAAAUGAUGAAAAAAAAAUGUAGCAUGAAAUUAAAUGUUAAUUGCAGCAAAUAAAGACAAUGUUAUAUAAUUA